CAACUCUCAAUGAACGCCCAGCACAGCUUUAGCACUUUACACCAUGAGAAGACGGACGCCCUGGUUACUGCUCCUCUUUACUUUCCUCACACUGCUCUCUACAUCCCUAGCCAAAUCACCCACAUCCUUCUGCAAAUGCACCUGCUUCGGCAACAGUACGAUCGUCGCACUCGACUCGCCCGUUAACACCCAGAAACCGUCGCCCGACCUGAAACAACGCGCCUCGAAGAAGACGUGCAAUGACUGCAAUCGGCAGUUCUGCCUAAGCUAUUCGUUUUGCAAGGGCGAGAAGGAGGAGAAUGUCUUUACUACGUGCUUCCAGAGAGACUCCGCGAAAGACCAGGCAGUAGUGUGGAUAUUCAUCCUUGCAACCGUCGGGCUGCUGAGCUAUGCGGCCAUAAGACCUUGGGUCGAGCAAUGGGCGGAGCGCGCUCGACAGCGGCGAACCUACAUACCCGUAUCCGGACAGGCGGAACAAUGAUCGGAGCAUUCCAGUAUUCUUACUCUCAUGUCGAUAUACUUUAAGCUGGAGUUCUUGCGUAGGUUUGGAUGGGAAUGAAAUUAUGGACAUGAAUGUCGAAGAUACCCAAGCCAGAAUCAUCUACACCGGACAUUGUGCCUCCCAACUCCGUGAUGCAGUACAAUAAUACACAGCGUUGUACAGGCUGGGAGAGCGAAUAUGAUACAUGG